AUGCCAAAAAUUAUUUAUUAUGAUGUCGAUUUCAUUGAGUUUGAUAAUAUAAUAACUCAACUAAUUGUUGAAACGUGUCAAAGUCAUAAUAGCUUAGAUAUUCACCAAAUAAUUGAUUAUUUCCAUUACUGCUUUGAAGUAUAUGUUGUGGUUAAUCAACAAUCAUUACGAAUUUCCUCGCAACGAAUUGACACCACUCUCGAAAUAUUAGAAAGCAAACUAUUUAUGUUUGAGAUCCCUGUAUUUAUAAAAGAUGCUAUUCGAGAAAUGGCUAGACCAAUGAUUACCGCCAAAACUUCUUUUGGAAUGAAUAGUGCUAACAAUAAUAGUAAUAUCUAUUUACCUAAUGUUAACAUAAUUUCAGGGAAACAAUAUUUGAAACUGUUUGCAAAUAACAGAUAUAAACGAUUGAUUAAUAAUUUAAUGUCUGCAAUGGACUUGCGAAAAGUGUACUGGCAUCAUUUAGAAAUUGAAGAAAUCGAUACUUUGGGAUUUUCCAUGUAUCAUGAUGAAAAAAACCUUAUAUCGUCAUUUACUGCAUUGCCGCAAUUUAGAUUUUUAACCGUUGCAUUAUUGAAACACAUUAGAUUUAAUCAAUUUAGAUUAGUCAAUGAUAGUGAAGGUAACAAAUCCAAUGAAAUUAGUCCAGGCUGGAUUAAUUUAGAUAGAGGUAUGAAAAAUCAACCACCUAUUAGAAUUGAUAAUGCUAUUGAAAUUUUCCAAGAUACUAAUUUAACCAAUGGAUUUUGUGUUUAUAGAAAUAAUGGUAAGGUCACAAUAAAUUCUCAAUCAUUAAUGGGUACUAAAGUUGAUUUAAGAGAUUAUAAAUUUAAAUUUGAUGAACGAUUCCCGACUGAGAAUAAAUUCUUGAAUGGUUCAUUACAAAGUCUGCAACAAGAACGUCACCACCACCCUAGAAAGUCAUUAUCUAUCAUACCAUCCCUCAAUAAUAACUACCAUUACCGUGUUUAUAAAAAGAGUAAUAAUUCAAUUCAUAAAGUGACUAAACCCGAUAAUUACAAAAAGAAAGAUAUAUCAACAUCAAAAGUUUCUGUUAAAGUUUAG